AACCAGGAUUAGCUCUGAGCAACUUAGAAACCUGAUGCAGCCUCAUGGUCCUUACUUUUAGCUGGUGAUGUGAGCGUUUGUUGAAGCUUUUGUUUACCUGCUGUUCUGGGAUGCUUGUCCUAUGGACGGGGGCUUUCAGUCACACACCGUGAUGAGGGAGCUGACCUUGCAUCGUGAGCUGUCUGCACAGGCUGCAUGGGAGCUUGGUGUUGUGGGCUUUGCUGUAGGGUCGAACAACCUUUCUCUGCAAGAUGCUGCUUUCCAGAAAGAAUAAUAGCAUGUUUCAGCUUUCCUCCAGGGACCUCUAGCACUGAAGGGACUGUAAUCCUUCUGGUUUUGCAAUGAGGGAGCCUGCGGCACGAUGCCAGGCUUUGCUGCUGCCAGGCAGUGAGCUGGGCAGAGCCAAGGCUUUCUGCCUAGCUGUGCGGUACCGCAGCCGUGCUCCUGCCCUAUGCCUGUGAAGCGGAGAACAUGGGAGAUGGAAGAACAAGGAGAGCUUGAUACGGGUCUGCUGAAGCUCUGCUGGUAUCUAGGAAGGGUUUCUGGAGCUUCUGGUGUUGGUGUGUGGAGCAAAGCCAUGUUACCAUCAAGUGUGCUGCAGCUUUGGGAGCAGCGAAGAGCUCUGCAGGUCUGUAGUGAAGCCAGGUGGAAAGCGACUGCAGACAACUCCCCCUCCUCUCCAACAAAUGAACCCCCACCCGUGCUUCACGUGGUAGGAAAUGUCCUGCUUAUUAGACACUGGAGAAUCCACAGCCAGACUACAUCCUGGGGAAACUUUCUAGAAACCCAGGAGAAGCCAAAGGAGGAAACAUUUUUUGAUCCAAAAGAACCAGGGGAGCCUUACCUCUUCCCCACUCUUGGCUGGAAAGCAGGCAGAGCAGAAGAUAAAGUCUGCAUUCCCCAAAGAGAGGUGACCAUCAGGAAAAGUUAUAUUCUCCCACUGUUGUAUUGCCUCAAAAGGACCUUCACCCAGAGGAGCAAAAUGGAGGAAAAUCAACACCUUUUCCGGACGUUUUGGCUGCUAUCUCCUGAUCUCUGCUGGCAGGGAAGCGGGAGUGUGUCUGGCAGCACAACCUCCGAGAAGAGGCUGUUAUCUCAGCAUCUUUCCUGCGGGACUGCUCGGCUGGUGUGUCGCCAGAUUUGGCCAACAAAUGCCAGAUGUGAUGCCUGCUCAUGGAAUGAAGAGCAGUAAAAUAGCAGAGUUCACUUGGGAAGGACGUGAAAAUGACUUGGAGGGGCUGGGGAAGCAGCCGGGGAGGAUACAGCUCCUGGCACAGCUCCUGGCUGGGAAUGGUACGGUCCUCCCUCCAGCUCCCGUUGCUCCGUGGAUAUUGCUAGAAGGUGAAGGCAUCGGCACACGCUGCGGAGGCUGCAGCGGCUGCAGCCAGCCCCGAGACACCCGGGAGGGGAGGCAGCAGGGGCUCUGCGUGGAGGCUCCUGCUCAGCUACGGCCUUCUCCUUCUGCCAGCCUCACGCAGGGGCUGCCUGCAACCUUAGCGAGGCACCAUGACCCAGGGCAAGCUGUCUGUGAACAACAAGCCCCCCAACCCUGAGGGACAAGGGGAGAAGAAGGACAAUGCCACGGCUCCACCAGCCCCUCCGACCUACGAGGAGGCGACAGCAGGAGAGGGGAUGAAGGCCAGCGCUUACCCUCCUCCCCCAUCGGUCCCGCUCCACCCCAGCUGGGCUUACGUCGACCCCAGCACGAGCCCCAGCUAUGGCAGCGGCGGGUACCCCGGGGACACGGAGAUGCUCACGACCUUCAGCUGGGAUGACAGGAACGUGCGCAGGGUGUUCAUCAGGAAGGUUUAUGCCAUCCUGAUGGUCCAGCUCUUGGUGACUCUCGUUAUUGUGGCUUUCUUCACCUUCUGCGAACCGGUCAAGGGGUACAUUCAGACACAUUCUGCUUGGUACUGGGCUUCCUAUGCUGUUUUCUUUGUGACCUACUUGAUUCUUGCUUGCUGCUCUGGACCCAGGAGGUAUUUCCCAUGGAAUCUGAUCCUGCUGAGCAUCUUCACCCUCUCCAUGGCUUAUCUCACUGGGAUGCUUUCCAGUUACUACAAUACCAAGUCGGUCCUUCUGUGUCUGGGGAUCACAGCCCUGGUGUGUCUCUCUGUCACCAUCUUCAGCUUCCAGACCAAGUUUGACUUCACCUCCUACCAGGGCGUCCUCUUUGUGAUGCUCAUGGUGCUCUUCUUCGGUGGCAUCAUUCUGGCUGUGAUUCUGCCCUACCAAUACGUCCCCUGGCUCCACGCGAUCUAUGCUCUGCUUGGUGCCAUUAUCUUUACCAUGUUCCUGGCUUUUGAUACCCAGAUGCUGAUGGGGAACCGUCGGUACUCUCUGAGUCCAGAAGAAUACAUCUUUGGAGCUCUCAAUAUCUACCUGGACAUCAUCUACAUCUUCUCCUUCUUCCUCCAGUUCUUUGGCUCCAGCCAGGAGUGAGGGCAGCAAGGCAGAAUCUUCUCUUUGCUGGCAAGAUGCAGAUGUUUAAAAAAAUAUAUUAAAAGCAAAAGAGGGUUUAAAAACAAAACCAACAACAAACCACCCUUUCUGGCCCACUAGCAGGCUCCAUUCUAUCAGCCGAGCAAAGCCCCUGGGUUCCUUUAUGCAGCUUGUAUAUAUGCUGUUAAGCCUUUGUGACCCAGACAGCAAAGCAGGGCUUAAGUGUUAUGUCUGUCCUGCUCCCUCCACUCCUGCUGAGAUCAAACCAGACCAGAGACUGGGAGGCAUGAGACCAGGAUCUUCUCUUCCCCAGAGGCUGUCAGAGUUGCCUGUGUCCUGCGCAUCACGGGAUGCUGAAUUGCUGUGAACAGCUCUGCAAAGGGAAAAUCAUAUUGAGGGAGGAGAGGUAGGGAAUUUUGCUAGAAUGCUGGCAGGAAACGCACCUGAAGGAAGGGAAAAAGCUAGGGGACCCCUGUUUCUCACCUGCAUUCACUCAGAGCCUCAUGGCCUCUGCAGAAAAAUGUUCCAAGUAGUGCCUGCUUUUAGAAAGGCAGCGCAUGGGAUCACGUAGUCUGGGUGUCCCAGCAAUCAGUCCUUCAGGUGCAAGGGAACCUGUUCAGGAUGUUUGGCCUUUUUGAGGACAUCCCUAAUGUCCUGCAGAAAUAAUAAUUCUGCAUCCUUUGCAGCUGGCUGUGGGGCUGAGCCUGCAUUUGCUUUCCUUCCCAGCGUGGGUCAGCAGGAUCGUUGGCUGUGGGCUCAGCUCCCCAGCCCAGGAGAUGUGUACAUGUAUGUCAUUGUCUCGAACUGUGGCUCUUCACCUGGGAGGGUUGGGAUCCCACGCGAGGAUUACUGGCAGGGAAUGGCAGAGAGCAGAGGAAAGAGGCUGAGUGUCAGAGCCCAUGCAGGGCUAGGCACAUCCUGACGGGGGAAAUGGGUGGCUGAGAUCCUGUGAUCCAUCCUAAGGAUCUGCUGCCUUCACAAGUGGCUUGGUUGCUAGAGAUUAAGUGGUUAUUACCCAGAAACUGAGGCCAGGGUGCGUGCCUGUUGCUCAAAAUGGGCCCAUCUUUGUAGCAAACACCAAUGUCGCCUCUUCCUCUUGCUCGAGCCAUUUUCUGGCUUUGCUCCCCCAAACAGGGAUGUCAAGGAAGGCAGUGGAUGCCUCAGAGCGUGCAGGUAACUUUCCAUCUUCCCCUUGCUCACAUUCCCCUGUCUGGGGAUUAGCUGGCUAAUUUCUAACUGUAAAGCUCCAGGUGGAGAUAAGAGGCCUUUUGCUCUUAUUUAGAAAGCGAUCCUUCCUGCUGAUAGAAACCCGUAUCUUCAAUCUCCCUGGAAUGCUGGUGCAAGUGCGUCACUGAGCUGCCUCUAGCGAUCCCCGCGUGUUAGAGAAAGGCUAUGCCAAAAUGCUCCGUACUGCACAUUCCUCCUCUGCUGCUGCCCUGCCUGUUACCCCUCACAUGUUGCAUCCUCCCGCUGCACGUGCUCCAUGCCCUGAGCUGGGCAGAGGAACAGGAAAGUUACUGUGCAAAGUAUAAAUAAAACAUGCUUCAACCCCUCAGCAGCUCCACUGACCUUGUCUGUGACACAGGAGCAGAACUGAUGCCUUCCACCUCCCCACUUAAAAAAUAAAAGAGAAAAAUUGUAGGGAUAAAGAAGACAACUGGGAUAUCAUUAAGUUCAUGACGCCCUGUUUUCUGCAGUGCAGCAUGGAGACAAAGCAAAUUCUUCGGGUUGCUGAGCAGGCAGGAUUGGGGUUAGGGCAGUGUGGGAGAUGCACUAAAAAUUUACAAAAAUUGAGUUUAGAGAGGUGUUUUUUUCUUACUUGAACCCAUGUAGGCACUUCCAAAAUACCUUAGCAGCCCGGUUAUGCAGCCUCUCUUGCUCUCAGCAAAAGGUCUGUAGGUAUUUCUGCUUUCCAGCUUUUGAGGAAGGAUUAUGGCAUUAUGUGAAGAGUUCUGACGGAAGUAUUCCUAAAACUCCUCCAAAGGAGCACAAUCCAGGCCAGAGCUCUGCAGACACCUUUCUGCACUGGGACUUCUCCAAACCGGCCCUGCACACCUUGGACCUCUGUACGAGACCACAGAUCUGCAGCCCACUCUGGAUCUCUUACUCUUUUUCUUUUUGGUGUGGAGUAAACUCUGCUGCUGCCUGAGCUGCUGCUGCCUCCUGGCUUUCUGCUUCCCCAUGGGAAAACCUUGCAUGGCACCUGCUGCAUCUCCAGGCCACCCAAGUGGGGAUGGCUUGCUGCCCUCAUGAGACCCUCUGCAGGGCUCCCUUCUUGCAUGUGUCCUGGUUCCUCUUCUGUACUGACCCCACGGCUCGCAGCCCAUCCAUGCCAGGCCCACUGAGAGCACUCGGAUUGAAGGUGGAAGUCCCCAUGGGGCUAAUGCAGGAUUAGGGGUGAGACAUAGGCACAGGCAGGUUUCUCCUGGGUUCCCGGACCCGCUGUGCAGGGGAGGUGCAGGGCUGCUUCACUUCCUCCAUGUGGCUGACCCUUAUCUGAGGUCUGCAUCAUCGUGACCCCAGCUCUGUAACCCUGUGAUCCUUUUGUCCAGCCAUUCUUAUGAUUUCAUUGUAAAUAGAAUUUUGUAUUUUCUCUGAACAUUGCUAAUAAAUUGUUGCAAAACUGUUA